AUGGGAAAAGAUUAUUACAAGAUAUUGCAAAUAACUCAAAAUGUAAAAAGCCAAGAUAUCAAAAAAGCGUAUCGCAAGUUUGCAUUAAAAUAUCAUCCAGAUAGAAAUACAGCCAUAGAUGCUGUAGAUAAAUUUAAAGAGGUUUCUGAAGCUUACGAUGUGUUAAGCAAUGGGAUAAGAAGAGCGAUAUAUGAUCAGUAUGGAGAAGAAGGGCUCAAAGCUGGCGUUCCUAUGUCUGAAGCAGAAGGUCAAACAUUUACUGAAGGUUAUGUUUUCCACGGAGAUGCUGAAAGAGUCUUUCGGGAAUUUUUUGGUGGAAAUAAUCCUUAUGCUGAUUAUUUUCAACCUGAAUCUGAUGCGGAUAUGGGUUUCGGUGGAAUUCGUGGAAGGGGACGAAAGAAGCAAGAUUCUCCAGUAGAAAAAGAAUUAUUACUAUCAUUAGAAGAACUUUAUACUGGUUGUAUUAAGAAAAUGAAAGUUUCUAGAAGGGUUUUAAAUGAUGAUGGCCAUACUACUAGUAUAAGAGAAAAAAUCCUUACGAUUCCUGUGAAAAAAGGUUGGAAACCUGGCACUCGUAUUACUUUUCCACAAAAGGGAGACGAAGGUCCCAACAAUAUUGCUGCCGAUAUCGUAUUUAUUGUCAAAGAUAGAGAACAUGAUAGAUUCACUCGAAGUGAAGUUGAUCUUUGCUACAAAGCGAAAAUUUCUCUAGCAGACGCUCUAGCAGGAUGUUUAAUCGAAAUUCAGACUCUUGAUAAUCGCAUUCUUAGCAUUCCCAUAAAUGAAAUUGUUAAACCGGGAUUUACUAAAACCGUUCCUGGUGAAGGUAUGCCUAUUUCUAAUGAAUCGAACAAGAAAGGAAAUUUAAUUAUUGCCUUUGAUAUAAUCUUUCCGAAGCAUUUAACGCCAGAAAAGAAGAGUAUGGCUCGGAAAGCCUUAAGUUAG